AUGUUGAAGAGGUGGGCACCUAGCCCUAUUAUGAUAUUGUUAUGCGCGAAACCUGCGAUCACCGCGCCUGUCAGCUACUUCCCGAUCAAUUCACAAUUACCCCCUGUUGCCCGUAUAUCAGAGCCGUUCUCGUUCGUCUUCUCGCCUCUAACAUUUUCUUCGCCACAUACAAUAUCCUACUUUUUGGUCGAUUCUCCUGAAUGGUUAUCACUUGACAGCAACAACAGGCGGCUCUAUGGAACACCUUCCGGCCAGGAUAUCGCGUCUGGAGUUGUUGUUGGUAUACCGAUAGCAAUUACGGCAGAAGAUAAGGAUGGUUCUAUUACGGUGAACUCCACCUUGGUUGUGUCGCGAAACCCUGCGCCCGGAAUCAAGAUACCUCUUUCAGAUCAGAUAUGGACAUUUGGAUCAUAUUCAGCACCAUCGUCUAUCAUACUGGAACCUUCAAAGGACUUCUACUUUUCAUUUGAUGAGAAUACGUUCAGUGAAGAUGGACUGAAUUACUACGCGGUAUCCGAAAAUAAUGCCCCCCUUCCCUCCUGGAUAAGCUUCGAGGCGGACGGGAUAUUAUUCUCCGGCAGAACACCAACUUUUGAAUCAUUGCUCCAACCGCCUCACAGUUUUGAUAUUCAGCUUGUGGCUUCGGAUGUUACGGGCUUUUCAUCCAUUUCUGUGCCAUUCUCUAUAAUUGUCGGUAACCACGAGCUGACAGCUGAUCCUGUCCAAGUCGUGCUCAAUGCGAUUCAAGGAACACUCUUUGAGUACAGCGGCCUAUCAAGUAUCCUCAAGAUUGAUGAUGCCCCGCUUAAGCGUACCGAUGUGAAUUCGAUCACAACAGAUAAGUUACCGGACUGGUUACAGUUUGAUACAGCAACGUGGGAGUUCAGCGGAACGCCAGGCCUAACAGCGAAGUCCAUCAAUAUUACUGUAUCUAUCACAGAUGUUCAUUUUGACAACUUGAACGUCACAUUGUAUAUUGGGCUCGAGACCGACAUCUUUCGCUCAGAACUUCCUACUCUCAAUGUAUCGUCCGGCGCCAAUAUAUUAUUCGAUGUAAAGCCGUACCUUCAGGACCCAUCGGAUGUUCAGUUGCAGAUCGAGAAUCAGUCACAGGCACCGUGGAUACAAAUUGACUCCUCAACACUGGAGUUGUUAGGCAUUGUUCCGAUAUCAAUAAAUGAUUUCAGGAUUGGCAUUCAUAUAACAGCGAAAUCAAAAAAUAGCCAAAAGACAGACUCAGGCACCUUGAUAAUUCAAGUUGCUGCAGCCAACUUGAUUCCGUCUCUUUCGCGGUCUAGUUCAACACUCCCGUCAACUUCGGCAUUAACUCCAAUAGGUACUAACCCGCCUGCCGCCAAUUCUAACAUAUCAAACUCUUCGAAGAGAACAGUCCUUCUUGCUGUACUCAUACCGCUGAUAUUACUUUGCGUUGUAGUCAUCCUUCUUGGGCUUUGCUGUUUAAGGAAACGGCAGCAACAGCGCGAAGAAGAACAUAUUCCAGAAGUGUCCGCACCAAUACCAGGAAGUUUCAUCAAACAUGACACAAGUAGUCUCGAGGGAGGUGUUCAUGACAUGCUUGAUAUUGGGUACGCUAGUACGAGAACAAGGACAAAUAGUGGUAGUUUUGUCCCAGGGGCACCAUCCAGACUCCGGAAUUCAUUUUCAACCGCCAGUCUCCGAAAUAACAACGUGCCAUAUGCCAUGAAUUCUGACGCCUCCGGUUUCAGAAGGUCACUGAGCGACUCUGAAGUGCGAGAGACUCGAGAGUCAUGGCUCGCGAGUCGAAGCUUACCGCGACAAAUCCAUGCAGGUCAACGUACUCCGCAGAGAACUCCUCCCAGUCGAGGCUCUUCGGAAAUGGAAAGGGUGGAUGGAACGAGCCUCUUAUCAAACGUAACCACCAGCACUGAUGAGCACCACAUCCACGGUGCCAUCCCUGCAUUGGUGAUAAGCGCAGCCGGACCGCAAUCCUUCAGGCACUCUCUAAUUACCCCAUCGGUACCUGGGCUGAGUUUGCCAGUGCCCCACGAGCCAUUUAGCAUACAGACAACGCCUGAGUUUGCUUACAUAGCUGUUGGCACAGACUCGGCUGACGAUGCCAACAUCAACACAAGAUCGCCAGCGAGCUCGGAUGACUCAACUUCUGCCGGCGCCGCAGGUCUUGGCAUACAACGGCCACAAACGUCGAGAUCGCGCACUACUAGUACGAGAGUUUCGAACGCGUGGAAACGAGCAAGUCCUACUGGCCUGCUGGAGGAGUAUAAACGUAAAAGCAACAUGAGUUCCUCGACUUCUCAGACUACACGGACCAGCAUCUUGAGUAGCAGGGCUGGUAAUGACCUGACAAUAGGUAGAAGGUCAUCUCGCCCCACUGUCAUUCAUAUUCCCAGCCAUACAGGCGAGAUGCGGCAGAUCAGUCGUCGGACAGACGAUUCCAGUACCUUGUUCGGUGGUGGGUCUCUUGUGAACUCGCCAAAGCAUUUUGGUCUACCAGUUAAUCUGUCGGUCAAAUUGUCCAUGGAGCCGCUCUUUGGACCCCCACGCUCUUUCCCGCUCGCCACAAAGGAUGACCGCGAUAGCGAUUCGUCGUGGAAAAGGAUUACACGAGACUCGCUGGGUAUUGAAUACAAGGACAUGAUAAGAUCUGGCCGCGACUCUUUGAAGUCAAUGAUCACAGCUCGAAAAUCAGCGAGUCCCAUCCUGACACAUUGUUCAGACAAGGAGAAUAAAAAUGCAUUGAACUGGAAUGAGGGAAGCUCCCAUAAUCUCAUGUUGCCCGAGCUCUGGCCCAAACCGCAAAACACAGGUAGCCAAAUUGGUCCUGUAACCUCUCGCGCAGCAACUCGGUUUCCCGUCAACGCUUCUCCACCGACACCAGUCACACCAGGCAAAAACCAAAGGAGGAACAAGCCAACCGAUAAACGCCAGUCCAGGGCUCUCAAUGGCCCACCCGAUAGGGACGGCACUGUGCCUUCCUUGAGCAUACCGCGAAGAGGAGAAACCUCGCAUGACGGGCGGUCGCGGACACGGGAGCAGCAGGCUCUGAACGACUUCAAGAACAAGAUGUCGAAGCCAGACCCAACGUGGGCGCACACAACUAAUAGACCAUUGCCAAAGAUACCAGUACAGAAUCCUGCGCGAGCCCCGUUAGCGGAUUUGCCAAAUAAGUCCAGCGGCAGUGCACCAGGGGGAAGUUGGAGUAAUGUGACACGGCAUAAAACUAACACAAGCGUCACGAGCAUCAGGGUCAACAAAAGUGAGUACGCUGAGAUGGAUGAUGGCUGGGAAGAUCUGAGACCGGAGAGUACGCCGGGAGCAGAGUUCUGUGGGAGCUCCUCGGGAAGCCUGCCAGCCUUUAUCUAG